AUGGCUCCGCACCCAGAAGUCCCCGCCGUGACGAUACACAAGGACGUGUACCCGGGGAUCGAUUUGAGUACCCGAUUGAAGGACGCUGCGAAGGGCAAGGUGGUCUAUAUCACCGGUGCCAGCCGCGGAGUGGGGGAAGCCACAGCCUACGCAUACGCACAGGCGGGUGCGAGGGGGCUGUUCCUCACCGCGCGUUCGGCGGACGCCCUGGUGUCCGUCGCAGAGGCGACACGGAAGCACUCCGUAUCUGGGUCCGUCAUCGUCGAACCGUAUGCGCUAGACAUCACCGACGAGAAGGCGGUUGGCGAGAGCGUGAAAACGUGCCUUGAUAGGUUUGGGAGGAUCGAUAUCGUCGUCGCGAAUGCGGGGUACCUGGAGAAGCGGCUGCGGGUGGGGGAGCAGGACCCUGAUGAGUGGUGGAAGACUAUGACUGUCAACAUACGGGGGACGUUCAACGUCGUUCACCACACUAUCAAUCAUCUAGUGGCCACCAAGGGCUACGUCGUUCUCGUGUCGUCUCUGGGAGCGCAAGCCCGAAUCCCCGGGCGGAGCGGCUAUCAGACGUCGAAGCAUGCGAUGAAUCGCUUGGCCGAGUUCAUCCAAGUCGAGUACGGCGCUGCAGGGGUCAAAGUAUUCUCGGCGCACCCGGGUGGCAUUGUGACCGUGCUAGCAUCGAGCGAACCCUCGCUUGCGCCCCUCCUCCAUGACAAAGUGGAAAUUGCCAGCCACUCGAUAGUACGGCUGACCAGUGGAACGGAGGACUAUCUCAGUGGGCGGUUUGUGAGCUGUACGUGGGAUCUUGAUGAGUUGGCAAUGAGGCGGAAGGAGAUUGAGGAGGACGACCUUUUGAAGAACAGGCUUGACAUCGGGAGCCUGGCGGAGGCGUUGUAA